CUUUCGACAAUUAUAGAUCCCUUUGGAGAGGACGUAUCGCUUCUUUACCCGGACAAUCACGGCGAUAAGUUCGCCAGAUUCGUCGAGACACCUUGCGAAACGCCGAUAAUCAAAGGCGUAAUAAAUCAAUUACGAAAAUGGCCAGCUGAUAUAUUUUUCGCAUUCCUGACAGCCUGUCUAAUCAUAGGAAGUCUGGUUUUCUUGAUCUUCCUUACGGUGACCAUUUGUGUGCCCACUGUUGUCGGUAACAGAAUGGAAGAAAUCUCGAUCCUAGAAGUCAGAACAUCGUCCAAUGCAUAUUUUUUCAAAUUGGCUAAUCAAAAUUGGUCGACGACAGAUUAUUGCUACAUAGAGACUGCAGCCAGAAGACAUCCAGAUUUCAAUGUGUAUCUGAUAAAUUUAAUAAAGGAAGAGCCCAAUAAGAGAAACUUGAAUCAGUCGAGUAUCAAUAGAACAAGAUUAGAAUCUAAAUUGAACGAUCCGAAUAACUAUCAUUCCUCGAUAUCGAGUCCAGAGGAUAGGCUCAGGCAACGAUUGGUACUUGGAAAUGGAAACAUAAGAAACAUCAAUGUGUCGAUCGAUAAAUUCUUCAAAGGCUCGAAAUUAUCGAAAGUUGCGAAACAAUUGGACGAUGAAGUUCUGGAAAUCGCAGCCAAAGCACAAUUACUUUGGAGUGUUCCUGGUGUUGCGCUUAAACCGAACAUGUUCUGCAAUUUAGACUCGGUGAAAAGUUUUCUUUGCAACAAUAAAAACGAGUGUUUGCCAGACAAGCUAGCAACCAUUGAACCAGAAAAUGACAUUCAGGUAACAGGAGUACCAUGUCAAGCUUUCAUGGGGUUUGUGGUCCAAGAAAUAUCAAGAAACAACCACAAUGGAAAAUACACGUUGAAAGAAGCGGUAGAAAAAUAUUGUCCAAGGAAUAUCCGAUGUUACACACACCAUGGCUCUUAAUGCAAUUAUGCGUGAUUAUCGUUGAGGUCACUGUAUUCUGUGUAAAAGUAUUCUUGGAUGGGCUUCACAUAAAACGCGACGAGAUUUUAUUAUCUGUUCUGACCAUACAUAAUUGGCUUCAAGUAAAAACGCUCUAUAUGGCACUGAUGUGUUUCGUAAUAUACUGUUUAAGUUGUAUUACUUUCGAAGCCGGAAGCCAUUUUCCUCACGGAAAUCCAAUGACCAAAUCUGUGGCAUUUAAUGCUCUUUUUCGACGAAAUUAUAAUUUGAAGAUUAUAAUACUAGUAACGAAUAUAAUCACAGGACUUGUAACUACUCUGAUGAUAAUUAUCGCUGACAGAUAUGAUAUUCCCUAUCUAUAUUUACCAUGGUUAGUGAAUACCAUGAAAGGAAUUUCUCUGUGUGAAGGACCAGCGCUUUUAAACUUGACCAAUGUACUUCUAUCUAGCAUUACUCUUCCCACUGCAACUUUUAUACUUAUAACUUUCUUUCUAUAUGUCGAACAACUUUACAUUUGGAAUAAUGUAUUCGUAAAAUUCCAACACUGCUGGGAGAAUUAUCACAAUGAAAAACAUUCUGUCAUAGAAAAAACGAAAGAGAAGUUAUUUACUACGCGUAAUAAAAAGUUAAUGUGCCAUAAUAAUGUUAAAAACGAACUAAAUAAAACUGGUGUUAAAAAAUUGAAAUCUGAUAAAAAACCGAUCGAAUUUUGUGACAAUAUUAACAAACAAAUUUCUACUGAAAUUCGUUUAAGGCCGAUUAAAAAUGCUAUUAAAGAUAAUAAUAAUUUUAUACAGGAUCAAUUAUUGGACAUAACUGGA